CCUCCUCCCUCGCUCGUAUAGUUAUCCCUUUUCGGCCUUUUUCCGCGCUGUCUGUCUCUCUUUCUCUCGCGCGCCCCUCCCCUUUCUCUCUCUCUGUCACUCGUGGAGAUACACACACAUACGUGUGCAUCACGGACGCGCACGGAUACGCGAUAGGGCAUACGUAUGCACACACAUACGCGUAAAUUGCCUCUCCCUUCGCUGUCGCCGUGCUCUCCUCUCCCCUCCCACGCUCGAUCCCGUCUCGAUUGUUGGAAAAUGGUGACGCAUUGCAUUCCCGGAGCACUCGCUGCGUCGUAACUUCACUCCCUCGUGAACGCGUUUCGCCAUUUCGAGGUCCCGUUGGGAUCCCGACGCGGUUCCGCGUCCCCUCGACGUCAUCCUUGCCGAGUACAACGGCACGUCAUUCGUCAUCCGAGGAGGAGCGCGUACGACAUUCGAUCGUGGCCGGCCGCGACAUCCGCGAGCCUGAGGCUGUGCGCGAGAGCGAGAUAGACGGAGAGAGAAAAAAAAGAGAGGGCGGGUGCGCAGGUAAACCCGCUUGCUGUGCGACAUGAAUUACCCAAUGCCCACGAAUCAGUCCAGACCGAUGUCUCAAGGAAAUUACCGAGGUCCGGGCGACCUGCCCAUGGGUUCCGCCAAGGAACAGACGCUGAUGUGGCAGCAAAACUCAUACUUGAGUGAUUCGGGCAUCCAGUCUGGCGCAGUCACUCAGGCGCCAUCGCUGUCCGGCAAGGAGGAUGAGGAGAUGGAAGGAGAUCAGUUGAUGUUUGAUCUUGAUCAGGGAUUUGCACAAGGCUUCACGCAAGAUCAAGUUGAUGCAUGUCAUAAAGGCUCGCAUCUUCCAGAGAUGAAUCAACAACUCAGUCACACUCGGUCGCAGCGUGUGCGUGCUGCUAUGUUCCCCGAAACCCUGGAGGAGGGCGUGGAGAUACCCUCUACGCAGUUCGAUCCCGCGCAGCCGACUGCCGUACAAAGACUGGCCGAACCGAGCCAGAUGCUGAAGCACGCUGUGGUCAACCUGAUUAAUUAUCAGGACGACGCUGAUCUCGCCACGCGUGCGAUUCCUGAGUUGAUCAAGCUCUUGAACGACGAGGAUCAAGUUGUCGUUUCUCAAGCGGCUAUGAUGGUGCAUCAGUUGUCAAAGAAGGAAGCCUCCCGUCACGCCAUUAUGAACAGCUUACAGAUGGUAGACGCAUUAGUACGCGCUAUUUCUAAUAGCGACGACUUGGAGUCUACGAAAGCAGCGGUUGGCACCCUGCACAACUUAUCACAUCACAGGCAGGGUCUGCUAGCAAUCUUCAAGAGUGGUGGCAUCCCUGCACUUGUAAAAUUGCUGAGCUCGCCGGUGGAGUCCGUUCUUUUUUACGCGAUCACUACGCUGCACAAUUUGUUGCUUCAUCAGGAUGGCUCGAAGAUGGCGGUACGCUUGGCCGGAGGUUUGCAGAAGAUGGUUACAUUGCUUCAACGAAACAACGUUAAAUUCUUGGCCAUUGUCACCGAUUGCCUGCAGAUCCUGGCAUAUGGAAAUCAGGAGAGCAAGCUCAUCAUUCUUGCCUCGCAGGGCCCAAUAGAGCUCGUACGUAUCAUGCGCUCUUAUGAGUACGAGAAAUUAUUGUGGACCACUUCGAGAGUACUGAAGGUCUUGUCCGUCUGCCCUAGCAACAAGCCCGCUAUCGUGGAGGCUGGCGGGAUGCAAGCGCUCGCUAUGCACCUCUCGAAUCCAAGUCAACGAUUAGUGCAGAAUUGUUUGUGGACGUUGCGCAAUCUGUCGGACGCUGGCACGAAAAUCGACGGUCUUGAUAAUCUGCUUCAGAGCUUGGUGCUCGUCCUGAACUCGUCGGAUGUGAACGUGGUCACAUGCGCAGCCGGAAUCUUGUCAAACUUAACUUGCAACAAUCAGCGCAACAAAAUCACGGUAUGUAACUUCGGCGGAGUCGACGCUCUCGUCCGCACGAUUCUCAGCGCCGGCGAUCGGGAGGAGAUAACCGAGCCGGCAGUAUGCGCGCUGCGCCACUUGACCUCACGUCACGGCGAGGCGGAGAUGGCGCAGAACUCCGUGCGACUAAAUUACGGUAUACAAGUCAUAGUGAAAUUGCUCCAUCCGCCAUCCCGUUGGCCCUUGGUGAAGGCCGUGAUCGGCCUGAUCCGCAAUCUGGCCCUCUGCCCCGCAAAUCACAGCCCGUUGCGCGAGCACGGCGCGAUACACCACCUUGUGAGACUCUUGAUGCGCGCAUUCCAAGAUACUCAACGACAACGGUCAUCGGUAGUCAGUACGGGAAGCCAACAGACACCUGGCGCUUACGCGGACGGAGUGCGUAUGGAGGAGAUAGUGGAGGGCUCAGUGGGCGCCCUUCAUAUUCUUGCGAGGGAAUCCCAUAACAGAGCGAUAAUCCGCUCACAGAACGUUAUACCCAUUUUCGUACAGUUACUGUUCAAUGAGAUUGAGAACAUUCAACGCGUAGCGGCCGGCGUACUCUGCGAGCUGGCAGCGGACAAAGAGGGCGCGGAGAUAAUAGAGCAGGAAGGCGCCACGGCUCCGUUAACGGAACUGCUUCAUUCUAGAAAUGAGGGUGUUGCCACGUACGCCGCGGCAGUGCUAUUCCGCAUGAGCGAGGACAAGCCCCAAGAGUACAAAAAGCGGCUUUCCAUGGAACUGACAAACUCCUUGUUCCGCGAGGACCCGAACCUGUGGAACAACGCUGACUUCAGCAUGGCUCCAGAUCUCCAGGACAUGCUUGGCCCUGAUCAAGGCUAUGAUGGUAUGUAUGGGCAAGGACCUCCUAGCGUACACAGCAGCCACGGCGGACGGGGUUAUCAACCGCAAGGUUAUGACCAGAUACCAGUAGACUCAAUGCAAGGAUUGGAGAUAGGUAGUGGCUCGACGUACGGCGCGAUGGACACGAUGGAUGUGGCACACGAUGGUGAUUUGAGUUUCGACCACUUGGAACAGCUUCCCGCGCCGCCGCAGGACAACAACCAGGUCGCGGCCUGGUACGACACUGAUCUCUGAUUCCUUUGGCCACUCUUGCGAGAAAGAAAGGACAUUCUGCGGAAGAAAGAAAAAACCAAGAGCACGGAGGUAUUAUUUUGGAGCAUUGACAAGAGCGGCGAUUCUCCGAACGCGCUCGCUAAGCGCAUGGCGAGCCAAUGACCAAUCGCGAUAUUGUUAUUUUAGAUCGUUUUUACUCUCGCUGAUGACAAAGAUCAUCUUCGAGAAUAACACAUUGUAUUUUAUUAUUAAUUACUUUUCAAGCAUAUUUAUCAUGAUUCUUUUUGUUACAAUUAAUUUCAUCCUCAUUCAUGUUAUCAUUACGACCAGACUUACGCAUUUGAGAUUCCAUGAAUUGCACUGAUUCUACAGAACCUGUCUCGUUACUCUCGAGAACCUGGCAACUUGCACUAAAUAAAAAAUGUCAUUGCUCGAACGUAGUGAAUCGGAAAAUAUCUUUUCAUUUAUAAGAACCCGUUCAUUUCUCAAACAAGGCAGGUAUUGUAUUAGGAUCCGAUACCUGUCUUUCAGCGCCAUUUAAUCGGACAUUCGAUUGUUCGCACGAAUUGUGCGCGAAUUGUGUCUCAACAUUCGCACAAAUUCGAAUGAUCGAGGUUCCACGCGCAUCCGCAAGAAAAUGAUAUCAUCUCGUGCCAAUGAAAUUGGCCAAUGCGGAGCGCGGAAUCUCUCCCUCUCCUUCUACCCCCCUCGAAAACAGGUAGUGUCAUUUCGAAAUAUCGAUGACUUAUGAUACAUAUUAGUAUUAACGAAUAACGGUGAAUUUUCGUAUUUAUGUAUUUUACAGGGUAGCUAUACUUAAUUUUUAUUAUUAUCAUGUAGUAGCUAUGUGCAAUCGGAACGACACAAUGGUAUCACAAAAUGCCCUAUACGCGCUUCCGAUCGCAAUCGAUGUAUUAGAAUCAUAAGGAAAAGACACACGUAAUUCGUACACACAUGUAUAUGUAUCGUUUAAUUGUCCAUACAAAUAAACUGCCCGAUUAAGCGAAA